UCACAUGAACACCAACGCAUUUUUUCCCCAACUGAUGUAGCCCAUGCACUUCAUUAUUUGAUGCUUGUUUUCAUAAUUUGAAACUUAAAAAGUUUAAUCCUUCCCAGUCUACAUAUCCCCCGGUAAUGAGAUUAGGCACGGUUAUAUACUCAUUGAUACUGUCGAUUCUUAAAUAUUUAAAUUUCGAAUAUUUUUGCCUUCGAUAUCUUUACUAAUUUUAGUGACGAAUGUGAUGCAGUUGUGAACAAUGUGCGUAUUAAUCUUAAUAAAUGUAGUACGUCUAUUUUAAUGGCUGGGAGUUCUAUAAAAAUGAAAGUAGAAUGUAGAUAUGAGAUAAACUUCAUUUUUGAAAAUGUAUGAGAGUAUGAACUGCAGCGUUUCACACCGGCCUACUUUUCUUGCCAACGUGAAGGGUUACAGUUAUCUCAAACUCGAGAUAACAGUCGAUUCAUGAAUUCAUGUUCUCGUCAUUCGACGUCUACAAAUGUUUAGAGAUAUCAAGAUCUCCCGUAUAAAAGGAAUGAUUAUUAAUAUAACAACGAAGAGACUAUUUGCUUUCUAUAUCUUGUGUAGCGAGAACCUCUCCGAGAUUUAAACGCUAAAUUUCGUGACCUAGCGAGCCGUGGUGCGUUUUUGUGUACAUAUAUAUUUAAAUUAAAGGGAUCACAUGCCACUGUAUUGCGCACUAUUGUAAGCCCUGUAUAUUAUCAAAUAUGUAAAUAUUAUUAUCAUAGCCACAUGCGAAUUACUACAAGGUCAUUCGCUUAAUUGGUAUUAAAUUUUAGACAGGUCGAUGUGAAAUAUACAUUGCAAACCUUCUUCAGUCAAAAUAAAUACAUAUUUAUACCGUAAAAUUCAUACUUAUUAUGCUAAGCAGGGUCACCUGCCAGAAUUCCGCGAACUGUGUAACAUCUUUCUUGUAAUUACACAGGAAGUUAACUUUAUAUGCUUCGUCCCGGGAAAAUAGGAAGCAAAUUCAAAGGAAAUAUGUGCAACGGGAUUACUUUCAAAAGCAAAUAAUUCUGGAAAUAUUGUUUUUUUAUAUCGUAUUUUAAAACUCUAAUUGCAAACGUAAAAUGUCUGAACCGAAAAAGAAAGUAGAAUAUAUAUAUUCUACAACGUUAUCUGCAUUUUGUGUUGCGAAGCACGCACUGCUUGUCAUUGUGCUCUUCUACUUGGUUUGGUCGGCAUACGAAAUAUCAGCUCUGAAGAGCGAAGUGAGGGAACUUUCCAGAAUCGUAGCAUCCAUUCCUUUCCCUGAAAGCAAAGAUGCUGCAACAAAUUCUGUUGAGUUAGUUUCCACUGUCGGUGUUGUAGAAGUGGAAAGAUUUCGUCUAAGGAGAAGCGUCAAUAAAGAUAAAAAGCCAAGGCAGAAGCUAAACAAGAAACGCAGGAAAAAUAGACGCAGAAGAUGUAAAUGUCCCGCUGGUCCACAGGGACCUCGCGGAGAGAAGGGAAAAACGGGAAGCCCAGGUGUACAAGGUGCUCCUGGAAACAUCAGAGCUGCUCAUUUUGUAACCAGUCCACCGAAUACCAGAGAUUGCAUUCUUGAUGAAAACACCGUUUACUGUCCUACAAAUAAAACAUUUUGGAGUUCAGAAAAAAACAUGCUUAUUCCAUAUUUUCAAGAGGCUGAGUGGAUGAAAAAUAAACAUCUAAACAUGAUAAUGAAACAGAAUACAGACAGAUCCGCAUUUGAAGUGCUUCAGGCAGGACUCUAUCUUUUGUAUGUCCAGAUAGAGAAGUUUACAAAAGAUCCCAGAGAAUACUUCGGGCUUUUUGUUUCGGAUAAAAGGGUUUUUCACUGCGCUGACAGUAUUGACAAUUACCAACCAAGCGAGAUUUCGGAGUUUUUCAAUGCAAAGGAGAAGACUUGCAAUAUGAUGGGGUUGCAUUAUUUAAACAAAGGUGACAUCGUACAGAUCAAAAUACUUACACGAAACACACCAGUAUCAAUAAGUCAUGACAAAACCUUCUUCGGUGCCCUUUUAUUCUCUUAGAGUUGCCAUGGUUUCAUGUUUGAAAGAUAAACUGCUAUGGAAGCAGAAGAAAAUGGAGUUUGUCAGGUUUCCUUACAUAGUCAUCUUCUACUACUGACUUGCAAUCCCAUUAGCGAAAUACUUACAAUUUGAUCUCAUUGAAAUGCCAUGUGAUGGAAUGAAGAUGAGUAGAGAUACGGGUUACAGCAGUGCUCGAUGUGGUUUCCUCGCUUAGUGGAUUAUGCUGCACUAUUCAUUCGUUUUCACUUUCACUGUAAUAUAUCCAUGUCUUUUUUCAUCACAAUGUUUGCUACAAAAAAUAAAUUGUGAAAUAUUUAA